GGAUUCCAUUUUCCCUCUAAAAACAUCUUUUUCAUUCACUUCCCUGCUGCGUCCCAGCUCGGCCGUGACAGCAGGCUCCAGUCCCCUACCCCCAAUUAUCGCUGUGUAAACCGGAAGUGUGGUAUUUACGUCUGCCAGCAACAAGGUCUCAGCUUGCAGGCGGCCAUCGGGGCCACGCACUCAUGGUCCGGGCGCACCGGGGGUGUGAUUUGCAACGAGUGCGCGUGGCUCGUGCAAUCAUACCUCGAUCAGCAGCAGUCUCCACCGCCCCCGCCAACCCCACCCUCCUCGCUCAGCCCCUCGGCCUCCCCCUCUGGGCCAACCAAGGUUCGCGUCCACCGCCUCCCGGUCGUCGCGCCGAGGCCAUCCCGGCACCCCCUUGGGGUGAUGCUCGCCGGCCUGCGCACCUCCCCUCCCUGGAGAAGUACUCUUCCCUCGCAUCUCCUCCGCGCGACCUCGGUGAUGAAUCUCUCCAAGCCAUCAUCGACGUUCACCCUCCAUUGCGACCUCGCCACUUUACAGUCAGGGACCGUCCUAUCGGACAAUCAUCCAAAGGUGAUCGCUUUGUCUGGAUGAGAGCCGAGCUAGAACAGGGCUCUUUCUCCGAGAUGUUGAUGAUGGCCCCCGGCUUUGGGUCCGUUCGCUAUCCACCUGCCCUCGGAAACCCCAUGUACGCUUGUGCUUCCCUCCCAUCCUCCACUGCUCCCUCUCAUCUCCCCCGCGUCACAUGAGUGAUGCAAUUCUCUAAGCCAUCAUCGACAUUCACCCUCCACUGCGACCUCGCCCUCUUACAGUCAGGGACCUUCCUAUCCAACAAUCAUCCAAAGGUGGUCGCUGUGAGGCUGGAAGGAGGUGAAACAACGUUGGAGGCAGCGGUUGAGGGGGUAGUUGUCUGGAUGAAAGCCGAGCUAGAACAGGGCUCUAUCCACGCACGAUUUCCCCGAAAUCUCCAAGUCCGACACCCCAAUUUCACCGCCAUCGCGUCUGCAUACGUGCAAGACAAACUCCACCAGACCAUCCUGGAGUAUAUUUCCCCAGCGCCAUUCACAGUGACGGUGGACACCCCUCCCUGUCCGGCCUGCGAAACAGCACGUACGGCAGCUCGUCCAUCGUUUUAGUUGGAGGAACACCAGAGGAACGGGGGAAAAAGGAGCAAGAAAAGUCAGCAAACAAAAGUCAGCGGAGUAGUCAUGCAUAUCCUCGGAAAGAAGCUG